AUGGGGCCUCCGAGAAAUUUUAAGCAUUCCAGUAAGGGCAAGAAACACAAGAAUGAACAGAAGCCAUUGAUCACGCAAGAAGACUUUUACUUGGCCGCGAUCGACUGCGAAGAGCAGGCCGACCGGUGGUUGCUCUCGGACAUCAAGAAAUGUUUGCGGUUCUAUCUGAAGGCCCUGGAGUACUACGAGAACGGGCUUGGUGCUCUAGAUUCCACGCCGGAGGGUAAAUACAACAUUUACUACAACGAGACACGGCUGUUUCUACAGAUUUAUACGGACUAUCUGGCCAACAACGGCUAUAUCAAUAUCUUGCAGUAUGUGAAAAUGGACGACAUGCCUGAUCUUUCCAGUCUGGUGUUGUCUUUGCCGCAGAUCACUCAACGGUUUGAAAUCGUUUACGAAACUUUCCCGCAGCAAAGAACGUGGGAUCUUCAGUUCAAUCUYUUGACGUGCUACCUGACUCUGUUAGAGUCCAUGGACGACGUCUCUCAACCCACCGUGUCUUUCGAAGGUUAUGACAUCUUGAACAUGACGAACAAGUAUAUUGAAAUUUUCCAACAUCUGGUUGGCUAUCUGCUUCAAGAACUACAGAACUGGGGCGAUUCUCCGCCGCAGGAAGCCAGUGAUGCGGAUAUCGACUUGCAAAGAGACACCUUGGAUGAGGACGCAGAGCGCAUUACAAGGGACGGAACCGGGAUACGAACCAACGGCCAAUCGGAACCACAGGCGGAGACGAUGGAAGUGUCCGAACAAGUAACCCCGUCCUCCCUUACUGAUGUACUGGUUAACUCCUUGAAGUUCAAUCACAUUCUGGUGGAACUGCUCGUUGAGUCGAAAAUACCUACCGAUAAGUGUCCGGAAAAGGAACUCUUGAACCCUGUCCAAGCCAAUUUCUUGGAAGACACAACCAACAAGUUUUUCUCACAAUUAACCGAUAUCAUAGACUCUAUUUCCACUACAAUUCCAUUGGAUCUGAAGGAGAUCGGUUUGGUCAAGACUUUGAUUCGAGGUUCACAAAUUGUGGGCUCUGGUGAUCUCGAAUCCUUGCAAGGUUUCGUUCUGGAAGCCGCCUCCCUUACCGACUUGCUAGAUGACAAUGACGUACAGGGCAAGAUCGAUCUUUCGUUGAUCAGGGUAGAUAUCGUUGAAUUUGCCAUUUCGUGUCUAAAGGAAUGUUCAUCGGAGACUGGUUGGAAACUUUCUGGCCUGUUGAAUAAAGCCCUUACAGAGACUAGAUCACUACUGACAAAUCAGAGAAACCACAUCAUAUUUGUGAAAAACCAGAGAUUGAACGAGCAACUCAGCCAUGUGGUCUUCCAACUCUGCGAUGUCUUGGUGAAUUCUUCGGAUAACGAAUUAAGAAGGUACGCUAUCAAGCGUGCUAGUGAAUCGCAGCAAACUCCCGACGAAGCACGUACUUUAGAAAUACUGAUGAAGAAUGCUAAUGUUUUCUUGAGCAAUGCGGUUGCUAUCUCAUCGAAACCUUGUGGCUUACAAGAAACGAUCAUCGAUAAACUGAAAAGAAACUAUAUUCAUAAUCAAGCUAAAGAGAGACUGCUUUUCCUACAACACUUAGAACAGAAGUCAAAUGUUGGUGGUGAUAGCGCUGUUAUGUCAUCGUCCUCUUCCUCUUUCACGCUUAAGUUUGAUGUGCCACCCGAUCACCCCUUUUAUAGCCACUAUUUUUAG